AUGCAGCAGGUGUCUCCAAGAACGGAUGCUCAGUGGAAGGCCAUUUUCUACGACAGCGUGCAGCCGAGGGCUUUGCAUCUGCAGAAUGUGAAAGUGGGCAUGCUCCGCAAGAGCAAGGCGCAGCAAGAAAAGGCAGAGAAGAAAGUACUCCCCGAUAGACUGUCCAGAGAAUGGUUUGAUGAAGAGGCCAUGACCCUGGAGACGCGGGCUUACUUGCUCGACAAACUCCUCCCAACCUUAGUGCCCGGGGUAGAGAAGCUGUUAAAGGUGGCAGAGAGGAAGAAGGUGCUAGAAGUGGAGACCGAGGAGAUGGAGGAGCAGCCCUCCAAUUUUGACCCCAUUAAUUUCCUGGGAGAGUACCUGAUGAGGUAUAAUCCUUCCUAUGCCAUCUCUGCACUUCCAGAUCCCUACGUAGCAGGGAUCAAGGCCGUCACCGAAGAGCUGAAAGCGAAGGUGCCAGAGACAACACCAAACAAGCUAGCCCAGCUGAAGGAGUUGGUCAAGGAGAAGCGCAAGCAGAGGGAGCAAGUGGAAGAGAUCAAGAAUCGCGUGAAAGCCAUGCGCAAGAAGGCCCUGGCGGUGCAGUUCAGAGAAUGGACGCUGGAUACCAGCUUGCAGAUCCCACUUGCAAUGGCCCAAAGUGCCCUGAAGUCAUUCCUGGACAUGCACACUUUGCCCACCGACACCAGAGAAGGACUCUAUGCCAGGUCUCUGGAAACCAUAGAGACACUAGAGGUGAAACUGAACGAAGAGGAAUUUGCUGAGUAUGUUUUUACUUACAUCAAAAACUUAACCAGCGACAUGUUCCAGGAGCUGCUGAAGCACCUCUUCCAAUGUGCCAAUGAUGCACGAGAGAUCAUCAGACAUGACAUGUGCAGGAAGACCUUUCUCCAGCUCUUCCUAGACUGCGACUGUGGAAAGGUGGGGCUCUUGGACAGACGACGGGUUUUAACUUUACUGGAGAGCUUCUACAACAACUACUCAGAUCUUGCUAAGAAGGGAUUCCGCAAUCCAAGGCAAUGGCCAGUUGUUGAGCUGGAUGAUAUAGAUCUCAUCGAGUUUUGGGGAGACAUGGAAGAUGACGAGCAGACCGCUUCAGAACGAAAUAGCUUUCUGUUAAAACACUCCCUUCUUGGCCUCUCUGAAGAAGCCAUAGUCCUCAAUCAGAUCCUAAAAGACAUACUGUCUGAAGACACGCUGGCUGUACCCGAUACAGGAGACACCACAGAGGCUGUAGAAGGUGAGAAGGAACAAGACCCAACUGCUGUUCCUGGGACAUCAGCUGUCAUUGAGGCUUCGUUUAUUGAAGUCAUGAAGGUGGGCUUGGAAAUAUGGGGGGAUAAUGGGAAUGUGAGCCCAGAAGGUCCUGCUGCUACAUCAGAAAGUGAAGCCGCAGUGAUGCUAGAAUGGGCAUCAAAGGAAAAUGAUCUGAGCUCUGACAGACAGACGAGCUCAGAGGAACCUGAUAUUGCUGCAAAGACAAGCACAGCUGAGCCAGCAUCAAGCCUGGGAGAGGAGACCACAGUGACUGAUAAGGAUAUUGGUGCAGAAGUGGGUCACGAGCACCCGGACGAGAGCACAGAGGAUCAGCCAACUGAGGACACUGGCGAGCCACUGGCAGAGGCUAUCACAGAAGGCCAAGUCUCAGGCCUGUCCCCAGAGCCCUCAGGGGAAGCCAGCAAGACAUUUGAAAAGGCACCUCAGCUGAUAUAUGGACAGCCGUGGUCAGGAGACCUCGAGGCUGCCAACUUGACUUUCGAUUACACUGACUAUGGCAAGGAAGUCCGGGAAGACUGGAACAACGAAAACUCCAGGUUUCCAGGCUUGCGCAUGAACAUGAUAGACAUUCAGUGCCAUGGGCCCCCUUCUUCCGCAAGUGCCUUUGAGAAGAAUUGCCUCAACCUGCCACAGUUCGUGCAGCUCAUGGAGACGUUUAUUGGCGAGGACGUUUCUCUACCAGACCUGAAGAAGCUGGUGAAAUUUAUGAAGCAAGGCUAUGUGCUACUGGAGAAAGAAAAACUCAGCCAGAUGGAAAGAGUUCGUCACGACGCUUUGUUGGCCCGCCAGCAACUUCUUUUGGCCGCCCUCUUUGAGAAGUGGGAUAACGAAUGCUCUGGAUUCCUUGACAUGAAAGAGGUGGACGCUGUCCUCAGUACCUUUAAGGAAGGGAUGGAGCAGGAGGCUCUGGAGAAAGCUAAACUGCAGCUUCCCAUUCCCCAGUGGCAUCCCAGUGGAGUGGUGAAGCUAUCUCAGAAAGACUUCCAAACUUACAUCGAUCUGGUCAUCUCUGAGUUCACUGGCAAUGAAGACGAGGUCUUGGAUAACAUUGUGGAAUUCCUCAUGACAUCUGUGGAGAAGACUCACAUGGAGCGUCUGCGGGGCUCUGCUCGGCGGAAGUGGCUGCACACGAUUCAGCACACGGCCAAGACCAACGGAGGGAACAUCGACCUUGUGUACCAAGCUAUCUUUAAGGUCCUUUGUCAGGAUGCAGACGCCCAUGGAGACAGCAAGAAAAUCAGUGCCUACAUUGCCCUCUUGGAAUACAACAUGCUUUUUCCAGAGCGGGGAGACAUUCUUCUCCACUAUGUGGCCUGCACAGAAGACGAUGCUCCAUAUGUCCUGAACCAGUCACUUUACAUGGAUAUGAAAGGAGUCAGCUUUGCAGCAGCAUUAGACGACAAGCCCAUCCAUGUCCCCAGAGUUCAGCUACAUGGAAAUAUCCACUUCUGGAACUGUGAUCGUCCUAAGCAGGAGAGGAAGGGCUCCUUCUUGGUUCUCCCAAUUGAGGAUAUCCGAAGAAGGGUCUUUGGCAUUCUUGGGUUGGACACCCUCCGUGACCGUAAUGAUCAAACUAUCUUUGUGCCCCAUGAAAUCCGUUUCUAUCAGGGGAUAGCAAAAGCAUUCAGUGCAGCCUACCACCUUAUUCGCACCCAGGACAGUAUCAAGCAGAUGACACUCACUGCCGUGGAAUGGCUGUCCACCAGAGCACCAAGCCUCCACGCCAUCACUGCGUACUUCAUGGAACCUGGAAAAGACAGGAUGUACGAUUACACCUUGCGCAAGGUAAUGACUACCAACCAGAAGGGGCACAUGGAACCCUUCCCCCAUCCAGCGCCGGUGCUCAGCAGAAACGACACCUUGUUCAGUGAUUACCUGUUCAAGUGCAUAGACUGUGCACAGGUGGUGACUGUGUGUGUGUAUGAAGAUCACCACAUCGCCGUUCCACUGAGGGAUCCAGCGGGCUAUGCCAUGGUGGUGUUUGACAUCAGCCUUGGACGGCGCCAAAAGCUACCAUCCUGUGAGCAUAAGGACCUGCAGAAGAUGCUGAAGAUGAUGCAAGCUGCCGCUUGUGAGAUACUGAAAGAGGAUUUGGGCAAUCUGGAGCCGUACUAUGUCUUGGAGGCAGAGUAUGUCGGGGACUGGAGGCGUGGGGGAGUCCUCUUCUACCGAUUCAUGCUGCAAGACUUGCAAAACUGCAUCUGGAAUCUUGACCCACAGCAUUCUUUUGAUGAACUAAGGAGCCGUGAAAAGCCACUGACCCUGGUGCACAAGAUACUGAAGUGUGUGCUGCUGAUAUUGUACCCGCAGUGGGCUGGUACAGAGGAGGUUGAAAACUGGAAAUGCUGCACAGAGAAACUUGAUGGAGAACUUAUUGAGAAUAUUUGCUACUUCGACCCAACUGCUGCCUAUGUCCAGAUUCGGUCAGAAGUUCUGUAUAGGUGCCUCCACGGUAUACGCAGAAUAGAUGUCUGGAAGCUUGGUUCGGCUCCAGUGGAGUACCUUUACAACUGGACACUCACCUGUCUGUCAUUAAUAGAGCUUGCAAAGAAACUUCAGUGUUCUCAGACUAGGGCCUCACAUUCUUCCGGGCUGCUGGUUCACAGCCCAAUUCAGUCAAGACAGACAUUUGAGGUUUCAGAAGGCAUUAACCAAACCAUCUCUUCUACUUAA